UAGACCUCACUUCCCUCCUUGUCUUUCUCAGAAAACCAAACAUGGCAUCUUCCAUGAAGAGCUUGUUUUCUGACCACAGCAGAUAUGUUGAAUCUUUCCGGAGGUUUCUCGACAAUUCCACGGAGCAUCAGUGCAUGAAGCAAUUCAUGGAUGAGAAGCUGCCGGGCAUAAUAGCAAGUAUUGGAGACACAAAAUCUGAAAUUAAGAUUCUAAGCAUUGGUGGAGGUGCAGGUGAAAUUGAUCUUCAUAUCCUCUCCAAAGUGCAGGCUCAAUACCCAGGAGUUAGUAUCAACAAUGAAGUUGUUGAACCAACUGCUGAACAAAUCACCAAGUACAAAGAGCUUGUAGCCAAGACAUCAAACCUCGAGAACAUAAAGUUUACUUGGCAUAAGGAGACAUCAUCUGAAUAUCAAAAUAGAAUGAUGGAGAAAAAAGAACUUCCGAAGUGGGACUUUAUUCAUAUGAUUCAGGUGCUGUAUUAUGUAAAAGACAUCCCAGCCACCCUGAAAUUCUUCCAUAGUCUCUUAGCUACCAGUGCUAAGAUUCUCAUUACUCUUGUGUCCGGAACCAGUGGCUGGGACAAGCUAUGGAAAAAGUAUGGAUCUCACUUACCCCGGGAUGACCCCUGCCAGUAUAUCACGUCAUCUGACCUCAUGCAGAUGCUGGACAAGUUGGGGAUUAAGUAUGAGUGUUAUGACUAUCUGUCCACCAUGGACAUAUCUGACUGUUUUAUUGAUGGCAAUGAAAAUGGAGACCUGCUUUGGGAUUUUUUGACAGAAACCUUCAACUUUAGUACAACAGCACCACCUGAUCUCAAAGCAGAAAUUAUGAAAGAUCUGCAAGAGCCUGAAUUCAGUGUAAAGAAAGAGGGAAAGGUUCUUUUCAAUAACAGUCUGAGUUUCAUAGUGGUUGAGGCAUAAAUAUCCACCAUGAGA